AUGGUCCACCCAGAAGUCCUACCAACCCCAUCGAUCAGCGCUGCAAACGCAAUCUGGACUUCUCACGGUCAGGCAAUCAUCCAAGUCCCAGCUACAGAAGCCUACAGCGCUUUGCGAGACUUUCAGUCGUACUCGGUCUGGAACAAGUUCACUCCGUCAAUUUCGACUCCAUCCGGUACCAACAACAUCGAACUGAAUGACAGGAUCAGUAUCUCCUAUCGAGCAGAUACCAGAGAGAAUACCACUUCAAUUCCGUGUAGAGUCACAGCGGUAUCGGAUAAUGACAUGACUUUUGCUUUGCGAGCAUGGCUGCCCUUCGUACCGGAAUGGCUACUUGUACCCGAGAAAGUGCACAAGAUCACAAGCAGAGGUGAAGAUGAAUGUCUAUACCAAGUCUACGAGACACAGAGCGGAGUUUUGGCGUAUGCUGUGAAGUAUUGGAUGGGUGCGAAGCAAUCAAACAUGAAUCAGUCCAUAGCAGAUGCACUGAAGAUGCAUUGCGAGAAAACGAAGCGAAGAACCCAUUGA